AUGGCAGGGUUUGCGGCAGACCCUCAGGUGGAGCUGCCGCCCAUCCAGUAUGCCUGGCUCAAGAAGUUUGAAGGGGAUGACAUGUUCAAGGCCACCAUCGUCAACCAGUCUGGGCUCCCUUUUGCCUGGGACAAGGUGGAGGUGGAGAGGGUGGCCACCGCCGGCCUCUUCCACCAGCAGCACUAUUCCAACUUCUACCACAUGUUCUCCGAGGUAGCGCCCACCAUGCACCACGUGGUGUGCAAGUGGCUGGGGGACUGCACCUACGACGCCCACAGCAGCCUGCGCCUCUUCUUUGUCCAGGAGAAGCAAGCGGGGCAGCCAGCCUACAUCAUGCUAGAUUCACUGGCCGACGUCUUCAAGUGCCUCUCGCCCGCCCCGGUGCUCCACAAGGAUGAUGCCCCCCUGAGUGGACGGGUCGUCAUCCUGGAAAAGGCAGUGGUGGGCGUGUCGCCUGAGGUCCGAGUCUUCCACAACUGGGAAAAGGACCUGAAGGAGAACUGGAAGGAGCCGCCGCGUGCGGCGAUGCAGGUGUACCGCCAGCGCAUCGCCGACUGCUUCGGCUUCCCCUUCGACCAGCGCUCCGCCGCCGACCGCCCGCUGCACGAGAAGCAAGCGGGGCAGCCAGCCUACAUCAUGCUAGAUUCACUGGCCGACGUCUUCAAGUGCCUCUCGCCCGCCCCGGUGCUCCACAAGGAUGAUGCCCCCCUGAGUGGACGGGUCGUCAUCCUGGAAAAGGCAGUGGUGGGCGUGUCGCCUGAGGUCCGAGUCUUCCACAACUGGGAAAAGGACCUGAAGGAGAACUGGAAGGAGCCGCCGCGUGCGGCGAUGCAGGUGUACCGCCAGCGCAUCGCCGACUGCUUCGGCUUCCCCUUCGACCAGCGCUCCGCCGCCGACCGCCCGCUGCACGUCCUAUUCAUCAACCGCCACUACGAGGAGGGGCGCACCGUGCUCAACGCCGCCAAACUGGCGCAUCAGAUCCGGUCCAUGUCCGAGUUCCGCGCCUUCCCCGGCGCGCGCCUGGACAUCGCCUACCUGGAGUCCGAGCAGUCCAUCCGCGAGCAGGCCGCGCUGUUCUGGAACGCCUCCCUCCUCAUCUGGCCCCACGGCGCCACCAUGUCCCACACAUUCUUCCUACCACAGAUCCGGUCCAUGUCCGAGUUCCGCGCCUUCCCCGGCGCGCGCCUGGACAUCGCCUACCUGGAGUCCGAGCAGUCCAUCCGCGAGCAGGCCGCGCUGUUCUGGAACGCCUCCCUCCUCAUCUGGCCCCACGGCGCCACCAUGUCCCACACAUUCUUCCUACCACAGGGCGCCCAGGCCAUUGAGGUGGUGCCCUGGGUGCAGCAGGACAAGGCCAACCUUCCCGAAUGGGUGCAGGCCAUCCGUGACGCGUUCGGCCUGCGCAUCAAGCUCUACGACAUCCAGAACCGGGAGCGGCCGCGUUCCAUGUUCAACCAAGACAAACUGCUGGAGUACGAAGAGUACCGGCGCCUGACCUCGGACCAGAAGAUCGCACUGCUGGAGCGGGGGGAGUGCCCCGCGGGUGUGGACGCCUUCCUCUGCCCCUUCUGGUGGAACCACUGGAAGGUGUCGGUGAACUUCGACUGGGCGGCGCUGGAGCCGGUAGUGCGGCAGGCCCUGCAGCGCCUCAAGGCGGGGUGGAACGAGGAGCCUGCGCCCAGCAAGCCCAAGACCCUGCGUCGGCGGGCGGCCCCGCCCCCUUCGAGGUCCCCGAGCACGCACCCCGCGCGGGCGCUGGCCCAGGUGGAGAGCGGCGCCGGCGCCGGAGGGACGGUGGGGAAUGGUGCGCCGCCGGCAGCGACGGAGGCGCCGGCAGCGACCGGCACGCCGACAGCGACCGGCACGCCGGCUGUCCCGGGCGCAGCGGUGGCGGCCGCCACGGCCCCCGCGGUGUAUGACUGGACCACGCACGGCCCGGCUGCGACCGCACGCGAUGAGGCGACGGGGGUGCCCCUGUCGUCCUUCACCUGCGUUUACGACGACGGGGCGGCCGCACGGCGCUACUGCGUGUUCCGGAACCUCGUCACGCACGGCGGCGUCAUCUACUACAUCUCACAAAACCCCGCCAGCACCACGCUGCCCGACAUCCAGAUCGCCUGGGAGGAGUGGAACCUGGAGGCCGGGCUACGGGAGGACAAGUUCUUCGUCCCCGCCGUCGUGGCGCCGGCCCAGCUGCCCAAGGAGGCGGCCGAGGCGCUCCGCAGCCCAGAGGUCGUGCCACGCGCCGUGCUGGCCCACGCCGUGGACUCUGGCAACUUUUACCACCUGCUCACCGAGGUGGCGGCCACCAACUUUGCCAACCAGUGCGGCGUGCUGGGGCUGUGCGACGCCGCCAGCCGCGCAGGGCUGCAGGUGGUUUUGUGUCUGCUCUUCAUCCAGCCCGACCCGCGGCGCCGCUUCGCGAUGCCGCACGCCCCGCGCGGCGGCUUCGAGUGCCUGGGCGGCGGCUCCUUCCGCUACAUGCGCUUUCCCCCCGUGUCCAGCCAGGCCCUGGUCAUCAAGCACGGUGUGGUGGGCAUCGGGCCCUACAUGCGCGCGUACGAGCGGCAGGAGUACUUUGCGGGGUUCAAGGACCCUCCCCCUGGCUGGAGCAAGCUGCUUGGGGAGUGCACCGGGACCGGGUUCCACACCACCCCGGCCCCCCUGGCCCCCCUGCGCGUCGUCUUCGUCAACCGCCCCUGGUCCCAGGGCCGGUCCCUGCUCAACCUGCCGGAGACCCUGGACUGGUUGCGCGGGGAGUGGGCGCCCUCCCGCUCCUUCGGCGCGCCCCUGGCCUUCGAGGCGGUCAGCGUGUCGGCCGCCACCGAGCUGCGCGACCAGAUCGCCGUCUUCCAGCGCGCCUCGGUGCUGGUGUACCCGCACGGCGCCACCAUGGCACACGCCCAGUUCCUGCCGCGCAACGCCGCCGUGCUGGAGGUCAUCCCCUGGAAGAACGUGACGGAGCCCCACGGCUGGCUCCUGUCCAUCAAGCGGCAGAUGCAGCUGGACACCCUGGAGGUGGGGCUGAUGGUGAAUGACGACCGCGCCAACCUCGUGCUCAACUGGCAUGCGCUGUCCAAGGACCCGGUGUGGAGGGCGCUGCCGGCCGAGCAGAAGGUAGACCUGCAGGAGAACGGGGAGUGCCCCCCCGACCACAAGCCCGAAUGCUUCUUCGACUGGCUCCACUGGCGCAGCAACCUGGUGCUCGACCGCGACCGGCUGGCGUCGUCCCUGGAGCCCCUCAUCCGCGGCGUGCUGGCCAGGGGGAAGGCCACGCAGGCGGCCGCCACGCGGUGA